AUGUGGCAAAUCUCGGUAAGAUUCUGCUGUUGUUGCUGUUAUUUUUGUUGUUGGCACCAGGCCUGAAACCUGAAACAGAAUAAGGUAUAAAUCUAACGACGCGCCAACUCGCUGUCGAACUUUCGACAUGUUUCCACUCUUUUUCACCUGCAUGUAUGACACCAUGUGCAAGCACACGUGCCCUGAAGCAAUAGCAAUCACAUUUGCCCUUAGAAUUUUUUUUACAGUAAAACGCGGGCAACAAAAAUGGCAAAUUCUUCUUCCAUAAUCGCUUCAAAACGAGUUAAAACAACGUUGCGCGUUUUACCACCAGUCAAGUCUGUCUCGCAACAAUUCAUAUUGUUGCAGGUUUCAGAUAGUUGUUGCAAAACGCCUUAAACUACUCUCUACUUUCUGCAACAACUUGUCGCAACCUACAACUCGGCACGGUGCACGUGCUUGCAAACAAAAAAGAAAUCCAAGGAGCAAGGUCAACGGCUUUACGCGCCCUGCUGUAUGCGCACUGCUGCAAAUGAAUUGUUGACUCUAUGUUAUCUGUGAGGUUCGUAUACAGAGUCUUGAAUUCUUGAAAUAGUCUUGACAUUUCCCCAGCAAUUUUCCAGACCUGGAAGAAGUCUGAAAAAGUUUGUAAAAAGUCUUGCGGUUUUUUUUUUAAUUUUUCAAAGCUGAAACAAGUGCUUCAUGCAUAAGCGAUAUUUUUUUGUUUUGGUCAAAUCUGACUCAAUGUCGCCCCUAUGUUUGCAGCGGAUCAAGAAAAAAGUUUGCUUUCUUCGUUCGUCUUUUAUGGUCUCUAUUGAUCACCCUCCGGGUUUAUUUGAUAACCUUGAGGUCGGAAAAAGAAAUUAAUGCUUUGGAAAACUGUCUGGAAAAAGUCUUGAAUUUUGGAUCCAAAAAUCUCUACGAACCCGGCCUGUAUCUGGCAAAAGGAACCGGCAUUCCCUAUUUUGUUUCAGCCAUGAAGUGUUGUGUUUCAUUUUCAGUAUUGCUGUCAGCGUAAUUUGCGUUCAAAGAUAAACGGGACUAUUAAUUAAUUCGCCUAUUUCUUUCUCUGCAUCAUUCUUCUUUCCUAGAUUGGCGAAGGCUUCGACAUCUGUCCAGGGCAAGAGGAGUAUUUGUACGAAAACGAGUGGUAAGUAUAUUAUGAGCUAUUGUACAAGCCACUUAGAGGUCAGUUUAUCAAUCUAUCCACAAAUUAGCGCUAUUGAAAUUAAAAUUGAACCGAUAUUAAAAGGCCAAGUUUUUUAUCUUUGAACUUGAAAUAUUUUUGGAUAACAAGCGUGGCGGCGACUAAUGUUUCUUUAUGAAGAAGUACAGCUGUCGAAACUAGUCACCACUCUGGGCUGGUGUGAUCUCAUUCUUACUUCUUAAGUUAGUCAUAACUGAUUUUGCUGGCUCUCGUAGGACACCCACAGAGGAGGAUUUUAAACUUUUUGAUGAAAGAAAGCACCAGUGUUGUCAAGGUAUCAGUGAAAAAUUCAGGUUACAAUCGUUCAGAUUAUUUGCUAAUGGCGAAAACAGUUACACGGAGAAAAGUACUGAAUUUACGUUCAGUUCUCUAUGGCGUCGUCAAAACUCAUGUGCGAUGCGGCUUUUACAGCGCGCGCAACUUCUUAGGAACUUGAAUUAUCGCUUUUUCCCGGCGAGCUCUUGAGCAGAAACUUUCUUCUUAAACGACAACAACAUUAAUAUUUAUUUCUACGGAAACAAAUUACAUUUUGUUCUUGAGACACUCAAUUUUGUUCUUGGAUUGCAUGCAAACGCAAAAACUAUCAUCAGUCUACUGUACAUAGCUGGUAUUUUCUAAAACAAAAAGAACCAGAGAUAAGAAACAAAACCAGGAGGUCCUGACAAAAAAAAAACAACAACAAAAACAAAAAACACUAUAGCCGUUGUCAAACACUCCUAUGACCACCUAUGUGAAACGCAAUUUCCUCGCGCCGUUUUUCUCUCGCGGUAGCCAUCGUGCACGCAUAAUCACGUUUGUUCCCCGCCGUACUUGACGCGUUCAGUGUGUAAAACUCGAAAAAAUGUCAUAGAUUGGUUGUUAUGUCGGGUUUUGUUGGGGAGGGGUGGGUGGGUGGCUUACUGAGAACCGCACAAAAAUUUCGUUUUAAAGCUAUCAAGGCCAGUUCCUUGCACUUUCCGAGUAUAUUUGUAUGCAUUCCGCCGGGGAAGAGAGCGGUCACAUUCUAUGCACAGUUUUAUAAUCAAUUUAUAAAGCAAAAGGCUCAGUGUAACCGAAGGUAUCAAGGUACAUCCAAAGAAUAAAACUGUUGCUAUUUUUGGUUUCAUUUUUGCAGAAUUUUCAUCAUUAAAUUCCAGGACAAGACCGUCUCAAGAAUCUUGCGGAAAAGAAAGCUGUUUCUUUGAAGAUGGAUCAAUACUUUAUUUGUAA